CUAGGUUUUUUUCAACAUUCCAGAGCUGAUCUGGUGGGACACACAUGGUUGUGCGCACUCAGCUAGUUUACUCAGCUAAACAAACAAGGUUACGGAUACAAGGUGUUAGGUCUAAGGCAAACGUUUUCUCUGUUGAGUGACGCUAGUUUCGGGUAGCUGCGUAAAAGCACCUGCGUAUAAUAUAGCUAUAUCGAAAUCGUUGUCGUGAGCAGAAUACAUGUCGGAUGGACCUGGUGUGUUGGCUACAACUCUUUCUCGCAUUUGCUGCGAGUAGCGUUACCUUGGCUCAAGAGAGCCAGGGGCCCUACCACCAGAUAUAUCCCCCAGUCAACGAUACGGAUGGCCGGACGCCGCUGUAUAUCGCAGUAGUACUUUCUUUUGGUGGGAGCAGCUACAAGAGCGUCGGAGCACUGCCGGGAAUCCAGAUAGCACUGGACUACAUCAACAGUGAACCCUCCAUCCUCCCUGGAUACAGUCUUCACUACACCCUCACCGACUCCCAGUGUGACCGCUCCACAGCCAUCAGGUCCUACUUUACUCAGAUUACAAAUCCUCCUACUAAGGUAGGGUGGGUGGGGUCAGGCUGUUCCCCAGCCACAGAGCCCACUGCCGAGCUGACUCAAUACCACAAUAUUGCUCAGGUAUCCUGUGUAAGUUCCUCUCCAGACCUUCACAACCGACAGCGAUUCAGGUACUACUUUCAGCUGCUCUCAACUGAUGCACCAAUAGCGUAUGGGUUCUACUCGAUCAUUCAGUAUUUUGGUUGGAAAAGAGUCGGAAUCAUUACUCAAGGAGAAAAUUUGUUUAUUGCAACGUCAGAUGUUUUGAAAAGGCUCCUAACUGAAAAUGGAAAUAUUGAGUACACUGAGUGGUACUUUAGGUCUGAGGAGAGUGUCAGCAACAUCAGUAUAUUUGAUUCUGGGGUCCGUAUAUAUGUUGUGGAAAUGUAUAGCAUCAACGCCAGAGAAUUAUUCUGUAAGGCAUACAGAAGUGGAAUUCUUCCUCCAAAGUACUUGUUUUUGACUCCUAACUGGUACGUGGAGGGGUGGUGGGCAGAAGGCCACACCUCCGUGGAUUACAACUGCACGGCAGAUGAGUUGGCAGCUGUGGCUCUCUACAAUGUGGCUCCUUUUCUGGCUGAGUUUCCAGAGAUUGAUGAUGCCGUAGCCGAGCCAAAUAUUACACUUCGUGAGUUCAGGUCUCUCUACUACAAAGCUGUCCAGAGCGACUACAAUGAAAACAAUAGACUGAUGGAGUACAGCGAUUAUAUUUUCCCAUAUGCCUACCAUUGCCAUGAAGCUACUUUAACAUUUGCCUAUGCUCUGAAUAAAACUGUAACAGAUCUCGCUGAUGAUUUUCUGAACAGAGAAGCUGCAGAGGAAAGUGGUCUUCCUGAAGGAGAGACCUUCACAAUGGCCAACUUCACCUAUGCCAACUCGGGGAUUGUGACACGGAUGUUUGAGCACCUCCAGAACACCAGUUUUCGUGGCAUUGGUGGUAAUGAUGUCAUUUUCAAUGAUCAAGGUACCAGAAUUAUCAACCGAUUGAAAGUUUCUCAGUACCAGAAAAAUGCUAAUGGCACGCUACACCGUGUACAUGUUGGAGAGGUGACCUUUACAAAAUUGAAUGUGACCUUCCACCCACUUCCAACAUCAUUUCAUUUUCCUGAGGGUAUACCAAACGAUGGGAUGGCAAUUGAGGAUGUGGUGACAGUCUCGGUGGCUCUGACAGUGGUCUAUGUCAUUCUGGCCACUGCUGGACUAGUGUUUGCUGUGGCCUGCAUUUUGUUCAACAUUAUAUUCAGAGAGAAAAGGUUAAUUCGACUCUCCAGUCCUAACCUCAACUACCUGAUUGGACUGGGAGCUAUAGUUCUCUACCUCAAUGUCAUCACUCUCGUCAUUCCAACCACAAACACACACUUUGCUGCUGUACUCUGCAAUAUCAAUCCCUGGCUGAUAUCUCUCGGUUACUCUUUCUGCUAUGGAACUAUCAUUAUCAAAAUGAUCAGAGUCUGGGUCAUUUUCAACAAUCCCCUGCAACUGAAGACAUCAUUCUUCAGGGACUAUCUGAUGGCACUGUUUGUCCUGUCUCUGGCCGUCAUUGAUGUAGUCAUUCUCCUAACAUACACUGCGACUGAGGCUGUGAGAGACAACCUUGGUGUGAAACUCACAGCAAACCGAGAACUUCCCAAAGAGACCUUUGGUGUAAUUAUACUGAAUUUGAAAUAUUUCACAAACGUUUAGCUGUAAUUAUUGUUCAUUAGGCAACAGCUGAGCAACACAAGUAUUUUUUCUACAUCUGUAAAUCUGGAGGGCAAGUCGUCCUCUAUACGGUUCUGUUUGGAUACAAGGGCAUUCUGCAAGUCCUGGCUCUGCUCCUGGCUUUCCGUACUCGCGAUGUGAAGGUGAAGGGUCUGGAUGACUCUGUGUACAUUGCUGCCUCUGUGUACGUCACAAGUAUUGUGUUGACUGUCAUCAUUGUCUCCACCUACACUCUGAGGGACUAUGUGAAUGCCUACCCAGCUGUGGUGGGAAUGGGGUUGCUGCUGGGAACCACCAUGAUCCUCGGACUUGUCUUCAUACCCAGAAUGGUGGGGCUGUACAAAGACCCCAAAGGAGAAACAAUCACUACCUUUGGAACAUCUGGUCCAAGAGAAGAGGCGGUUGAGAGCUCAGGCGGCAAAAAGGACAAGGAGCUUCAGAUUCUUCGUCGCAGGGUCUCUGAACUUGAAACUAGUCUCAAACAGCAGCAUGCCUCUGCUCCAGUUGGAAAAGAGUCUCCAAUAUUUGAAGAAAUCAAAACUAAUGGAAAUAAUACAACCAUCUGACAAUAACAAUGUUUUGUAUAAAGCCCCUGUGAUAGUUUACUUGCCAUUAACAUAAUUCCACAUUUUGUUUAGUUUUACAAUGGUGUGAUUGUAUAUACAUGUCACAAAAGAAUGAUGAUGAAUUAAUGUCACUCUACUAGCUCUUUAGCUGCUCUUGGUUAAUGUCACACACAGUAACAGUUCAUCUGAACUGCACACUUCUCCGGAAUGACCUAUAAGUCUCUCUGAGUGGUGCCACACUUGGAAUUUGUCUCUUAAUGAAGAAAAAUGCUCCUUUUCCGGGUGGAAAUAAGCAGAUAUCGUGACUGCAGAAUAUAUCGAUUACCAG